UAAAAAAUUUUAACGAGAGAAUUAUAUACUGUUAAUAUUUAAUUAAACAAAUUAUACGAUAUACUUAAAAUGAACUAUUUGACUCAGGUAAAUUAAAAUGAUAAAUAAAAUUUUAUUUUAUGGAUCUCAAUUCAUUUAUAUUAUUUUUAAAGUAAUGUUUCAAAUGAACAAAGAAACACAACUUACAAGUUAUAUAAGAUCAAAAGUAAUAAUGCAUUGUAAAUCGAAGAUACUUAUAAUCCAUAAAAAUUUGGUUUUUAAUAUGCUGACUUUAACAUUUUCGAUGUGCAUUUCGUUUAACAACCAUUAUAUCCCAUGUAAUUCUCAGUAAAUAAAUAAUAUUUUACCGCAAUUCAAGACCUUUCUCAGAGAAGUGUACUGUCUAAAUUCAACAUUACUCUUGAAUAUAAUCAAAGCCUAGUGCAGUUAUUAUUAUUACCUUAAAUUAGUUAAAU